AGUGUCAAGAAUUCUAAAAGUCAAAAGUGAUUGUCAUAUAAGUGAACGCUGAGAAUGGAAUUGAUUCGUGAAAAAAAUAGCAAGAGAACAUAAUUUAUAUACCUACUAUUACACUAAUUUUCAUUUACAUUUAUUGUUAAUUGAUUUACUUACUUAGGGAAUAAAAUGAUUAAUCGUGCGAAAAUGGAAGCUGGUCUCGGAGUAUACUAUGGUCAUCGCUUUCAACUCAUUACUUUUUUAUUUCACUCGUUUAUCUAAAUUUUAAACAUUUAUUAUAAAUAUUCACUAUUCAUUGUAUUCAGAUAGGUUUAAUUAUAUUUUUACUAUAAUAGGUUUUUGUAAGUUACUCAUCAUGAGUAUUCAAGUUUGUAGGGACACAACAGACGCUGUGGCCUUGUAUUUGCCGCAACGUUUGUAUUUAAAGCCUUAUGCGAAAAUAAACAUUUCUAUCCAGCUUCCCCCACACAAGGUGCACGGCAAGUCGAUUUCCAAUUGGGAAUUGAUGGAAAAAUUACGAAAAAUGAUCCAACCUGAUGGAUUCUCUAUGUUAAAAGUGUCUAAGCAUAGUUCUGAAGUGAUAAGGUUUGAUGCCGAGUUGGAAAAUCGUCCAAAGUUAGAGAGAGUGCUAUCACGAUUGGAGGACAGGAUUAUACAGUUGAACGACUAUCCCGAUCCCCUAAAAGUGCGUGUUUGUGAAGCGAAAUCGGAUUUCCCAAGUCGACAUGCAUGGGACUCGUUCUUUCGUGACGCGAGUGAUAUGGACGAAAUGAAACCAGGCGAGAGACCGGACACAAUACACAUAGCUAACCUCCCGAUACCCUGGUUUGUCCAUGACCGCGAUAGAAAUGAAGAUGCAGUGCCAUCUGAAAGUUUGUUGAAAAAGAUCUUCGAAAAGUAUGGAGCGAUACGGCAAGUCGAUAUUCCUAUAGCAGAUCCCUAUCGAAUGCAGAUGAAAGAGGCUAUGAGGGGCAUUUCUACACCAGCACAAGAUAGUGCUUUGUAUUUUGAAGCCUAUGUCCAAUUUAGUGAAUAUGUUAGCUUUGUGAGGUGUAUGGAUGCUUUACGAGGCAAAAAGAUCUUACGGAAGAAUAAUGAUCUGGCCGAAUGGUGUAGUAUUCAAGUAGACUUUGAUAAAACAAAGCAUAUGACUGACGCAGCUGUGAAAAGGCGCUCAAUAGUGAGGGAGCGAUUGGCAGCAAGGCAGAGAGCUAAGGAUGAGGAAGAAAAACAAGAAAAGGAAAGGAAAGCCAAGCAAGAAGCUAAAGAGAGAAACAAGGAAAGAGUUUCACGUAUAAUUUUUCAUUAUUUAAGACAAAAGAUUGAGCAAAAGGAGCGAGAGAAAUUGGAGAAAAUGCGAGAGCGCGAAGAGAGAAGGAAAAAGAAGCAGUUGGCAAAGCUGAUGGAGAGAAAAGAUGUGGAUGUUAAUAAGAAAGUUUCCGAGGAGCAAAAGAAGUUACUCAAAAUACAGAAGAAGUUGCAAGCGAUCAGAUUGAUUGAAGAACUGUUUCAGAGAAUUGAGCUACGGCCCGAGCUGCAACGCAACGGGCGCUCGCACAUCGGCGAGCGCGCGGCCCGAGCUCGCCUCGUCGACAAGAUGAGACGCGCCCACGAGAGGAUGCUGGAUGAACAGAGGGAGCAGUUGCGGCACGCGUUUGAUGGUCGGAUAAUAAUUCGCUCCGCGCUCGAGACGAAGAAACCCAAAAGGGACUCGAUAAGUUCCAUCUCGUCCGACGACAUGGAAGAGAAAAGAGUUAAGACUGAGAAAAUGACUACGCCAGAGCGAGAGAGCGAAUAUAAGAAUGCAGUUUCAGGAAUGUACGCACCGAACCCGUACAGCUAUGGAUACCCGUUCGCGUGCCCGCCGGCCUACCCCUUCCCACAAACGUCGAUGUACUACCCGAUGCGCGGCUACUACGGCUGCGAGGGGUUCGCGCGGCGCCCGCGGGGCCGGGGGCGCGGGGGCCGCGGGGCGCUGGGGGCGAUGGGGGCGCUGGGGGCGCUCGGCCCCCGGGGGCCCCGCGCCCGCGCCCUGCCGCACUUCGACGGGCCCACCGCCACGCAUCAGUACUACCAAUACUUUAAGAAGCUGAACGACGCAGAGAAUCGCAACGAGCACGACGACCGUGGCCGUUCGCGGUCACGGUCACGGUCGCGGUCACGGCGUCGCUCUUACUCACGGUCACGGUCGCGGUCGCGGUCACGCCGGCGGUCGUAUUCACGAUCGCGGUCGCGGAGUCGACGCUCGAGGAGUCGCAGUCGACGUUCACGGUCGAGGAGUCGAAGGUCUAGAUCUCAUCGCAGUCGCACACCAUCUAGAUCCAGACGGUCUAGGUCACACUCAAGGCGAAGAACGAAAACGAAGUCAAAGUCCAAGCAUAGAACUCCCUCGCCUAAACGGGAUAAAGGAAAAAGUGCGGAGAGGAAACUAGUAUCUCCGGAAAAAGCUAGAUCUAGGAGAUCCAAGAGUUGGUCCAUGCCUAAAGAAGGAGAACCUAGGAGGUCCUGGUAGAAGAUAAGAAGAGUACAUAAGAGUCGAGAGAAUAUUUAGAUUAGGAUACUGUAAUUUAAGAGUAAUAAAUGUUUUAUAAUUA